AAAGAGGCCUCUGUGUUCGUAGCAACUGGAAACAUAAUUUAUGCAUGUUGUUGUGGAUAAUAAAGUAUGAUUGAUUGCAUGCUUUAUGUGGGUACCUGUAAAACACGACUUCUGAUGAGAGCGACUGGUUACUUUCGUCUCAGAAUUGGUAGCUUGUGACUCCUGCCAAACCCAAUUUUUAUUAUUUUCUUCUUCACCUACCAAAUCUCAAGAGUUUGGCUGUGCGUUUCAGAGCAAACCCAGUAAUUAUCAAAAAGAAAUUCUUAUUGGAUGUACAACUAACAAUUCUGGAUUCGAAUCUGACGAGCUCUUGGAUUUACCUUCAAUCAAAAGAUUUGAGGUUUAACAGAAUUUGGUUCAUUUGAGAAGAAUUUUUCUGAUGGGAACUUCUGAGGCAGUUCUACGAGUUUUUUCUGGGUCAGUCCAUUGCCUUUUUAAGUCUGAUUCAUUUGUUAGCAAUAUGGAUUGGACAAUGCCAUCUAAAUUCCACAUAAGAUGUGCAAAGAGAAAGGCCUCAAGGUAUAUGCAACCAUUCAAGUGUUCAAGUCUUUUACGAAGUCAUGUAAAGGCCUAUCCAUUUAAGGGGUUAGGUGGUGCUUUGCAUGGAAAUACAGCUAUCAGCAGGUUACAGCUUCUGAGCUGCAAGUGCCAACAUUCUGAAACUACAAGUGGAAUGACUGCAGAGAGUAGCAAUGGAACAUGGUUUGUAGAUAAUGUGGAGACAUUAAAUCUGAAUGGUGUGGUGAAUGCAUCAAAUGCUUUGGAGUUUGAGAAUGUUCAGCAGUUCAAACACGAAAAGCAGGUUUCAGAAGCUAAUGGUACCGCUGGAUCACAUAAGGAUACAACUCAUAAGGUUACCGUAGAUCCUAUUGAGGAUGAAGCAUGGGACCUUUUGCGGAAUUCUGUGGUUAAUUAUUGCGGCAGUCCUAUCGGAACAAUUGCUGCGAACGAUCCUACGAGUUCCAGUGUGUUGAAUUAUGAUCAAGUCUUUAUUCGUGAUUUCAUUCCUUCUGGCAUCGCUUUUCUUCUGAAGGGAGAGUAUGACAUUGUCCGGAACUUCAUCCUUCAUACGCUUCAGUUACAGAGCUGGGAGAAAACGAUGGACUGUCACAGUCCUGGUCAAGGUUUGAUGCCUGCUAGCUUCAAGGUGCGCACAGUCCCUCUGGAUGGUGAUGAUUCUGCUACAGAGGAAGUAUUGGACCCUGACUUUGGAGAGGCAGCAAUCGGUCGUGUUGCUCCUGUUGAUUCUGGGUUGUGGUGGAUCAUUCUAUUACGAGCUUAUGGUAAAUGCUCUGGCGAUCUCUCAGUUCAGGAGAGGAUAGAUGUGCAAACUGGAAUUAAAAUGAUCCUGAGACUAUGUCUUGCUGAUGGAUUUGACAUGUUUCCUACAUUAUUGGUAACUGAUGGCUCUUGCAUGAUAGAUCGGCGCAUGGGAAUUCAUGGCCACCCUCUAGAAAUUCAGGCUCUCUUUUAUUCUGCAUUACGUUGUGCACGUGAGAUGCUUGCUGCAGAGGAUGGAUCUGCCGACCUUAUCCGAGCACUGAACAACCGUCUGGUAGCUCUGUCAUUCCAUAUUAGAGAGUAUUAUUGGAUCGAUUCAAGAAAACUAAAUGAGAUUUAUCGCUACAAGACUGAGGAGUACUCGUAUGAUGCAGUGAAUAAGUUCAACAUUUACCCAGAUCAGAUUUCUCCGUGGUUGGUGGAAUGGAUGCCCAACAAAGGAGGAUAUCUUAUUGGGAACUUGCAACCUGCUCAUAUGGAUUUUCGCUUUUUCUCUCUUGGAAAUUUAUGGUCUGUGGUAAGCGGCCUUGCAACAGUGGAGCAAUCUCAUGCCAUAUUGGAUCUCAUUGAAGCCAAAUGGGCAGAUUUGGUAGCAGAUAUGCCAUUGAAGAUCUCUUAUCCUGCUCUUGAAGGUCAAGAGUGGCAGAUAAUUACAGGCAGUGAUCCUAAAAACACGCCAUGGUCCUACCACAAUGCAGGAUCUUGGCCAACUCUUCUUUGGCAGCUCACAGUUGCUUGCAUAAAGAUGAACAGACCAGAAAUUGCUGCAAAAGCUGUUGAGAUUGCUGAGAAACGCAUAUCAAGAGACAAAUGGCCUGAAUAUUACGACACUAAAAAGGGAAGGUUCAUAGGAAAACAAGCACGGCUGUUCCAAACCUGGUCAAUUGCUGGUUAUCUUGUGUCCAAGCUCUUGCUUGAGAAUCCAACUGCCGCCAAGAUUCUAAUAACUGAGGAGGAUUCAGAACUUGUUAAUGCAUUUUCGUGCAUGAUCAAUGGUAGCCCAAGAAGAAAGCGUGGAAGGAUGAAUUCGAAACAGACAUAUAUCAUCUGAGUCCUCUUGUCCGCAUCCAUGUAGAUAUCACACAUGGUUCGAUAUAACAUUCAUCAUCGUUUGAUCACACAAAAAAAAAAAAAAAAAAAUAUAUAUAUAUAUAUAUAUAUAGAUAGAUAUAUGUUUUUUUUUUCCUUUUGAUUCUAUGGGUGAGCCGAAAUUUCACAAGGCCUUAGUCACCCCUUAUUCAUGAAAUCCAUUAUAGGCGCACAAGAUAUACUUUCUUCUAGUUGUGACGUUGCUUCAGAAUUUGAACUUCUAUUUCUCAUGUUCACUGUGUUGAUCAUAACAUUCUCCUUUGUGGUGUAUGAAACCGCAUAACCUAUCAUCUUUGAAAGUUUAUGCAGAAUGAUUUCUAUUUUUCA